AUGGGCUGUUGCAUGAAGGGGAAGGCUCAUGUAGCAGCGAGUUCCAUAAAUCCAACUCUGAGAUAGACUAGGAAAUUUGAAUCUCAACGUUCUAGAGUGGAUGAAAUGAAGUCUGAAGUGUUUGAGAAAACUAUGUAUGGGAAUGAAGAUAACUAUUAUGAUGCUGAUGAAUUAACUUGCAUCGAUCGCAAUUAACUAUUAAGUCUUAUUAAAAGUGAGCCAAAAAAGAUUCGUUGGACUCCUGGAUAAGUAAUUGGUUAAGGGUCUUUUGGAAGAGUAAUAGAGGCUAUGAAUCUAGAUACUGGAUAAUUGAUGGCAGUUAAAUAAGUGAUGGUUGAUAUUCGAAAUGAAGAUCGUAUAAUAGCACUUGAGAUAGAAAUUGAUUUACUUUCUUUAAUCAAACACAAAAACAUAGUUUCUUAUUAUGGAAUGGAAAGAACAGAUAAGACUUUAAAUAUCUUUCUUGAGAGAGUUGCAGGUGGAUCCUUAAGUUCAAUGCUCUAGAAAUUUGGUUCAUUUUAGGAAUCUUUAAUUAAAGUUUAUAUGCGUCAAAUUUUGUUGGGAUUGGAAUAUUUACAUUAAAAUGGCAUAAUGCAUAGAGAUAUUAAGGGUGCAAAUGUACUUGUUGAUAAUUAAGGAGUUUGCAAAUUAGCUGACUUUGGAAGCAGUAAGAAGAUUGCAUUAAAUAGUGAUAGCACUAUAUUUGGAACUCCUAAUUUUAUGGCUCCUGAAGUUGUACAAUAAUAAAAAUCUGGGAGGAAAGCUGAUAUUUGGAGUUUAGGAUGUACCAUGAUAGAAUUGGCAACAGGUAAGCCACCAUGGCAUUAAUUAACAAAUUAAUUUGCGGUUAUGAUAAAGAUAGGUAAAGGUGAGAUACCAUAAAUACCAGAAGGAUUUUCAGAAGAAGCCAAAAGUUUUGUUUCACAUUGUUUAGAGUAAUUUUAGGGAGUAAAUAUAUUAUUAGGGUUGAUGAACGAAAACGUUGGAAUGCUACUAAAUUAUUAAAACAUCCAUUUCUGAUUCAAUAGAAUAAACUCGAAAUUCCUUAAGGAAAAAUUCCUUUACGUAAUACACCUGGGAGUAAAUCUAAAUAAAAAUAGCGAUCAUUCAAAUAUCCAGAAUAGGAAACUUCUCAUUCUCCUGGUUAAUUGAAAGAAUUUGAAUAAUAACAUUCAGAAAAUCUUUAACCCAUGAAUGACAGUUCCUUUGUUCUUAAAUAGAAAAGGUAAUAGGAAUGA